AAUGAUCAACUCGACAUUGCCAAAACUUCGUAAUGAUUAUCCAGCUGAAUUUCCUUCCGGUUUGAAACAAUUUAAAACAAUAAUUCAUCAACAAGAAUCGGAUCAGGAAAACAACAAGAUCAAAACAAUAAUUAAUGAAAAAUUAUAUUUAAAAUUGGUGGAAGAUCAAACUUGUUUAAAUUGGUUAAAUGAUAUUCAACCUUGUGAAUCUUCAUUAUCUGUUGAGGAAAUUCUCAAAAAGUACAGAGAAGCAUUUCAUAGAAUUGGAUCGAGAAGUUUUGAUUUACAUGGAGAGGAAUUCCAAAACUUUUGCUUGAGAGUGACGAAUAGAAUGUCGAGAGAGAAUGUUCGAAAGUUGAGCUAUUCGAAAAGUCAUGCAGAUAAAAGAUUAUUGAGAGGAAGAGUAUAUGCUAUUGGAUCGAGAGUAGAUGUAGCUUGGGACGGUACUAUGAACUUGAGUGAAGAACAGGUAGAGGAGAAACGUUCUCAAUUAAUUGACCAUUUGAGCUCUCUCACUUUAUAUGAUUGGUUUUGUCCUGAAUUGAAACCUGAAGCUCCUCUUUUAAUUGAUGAGCUUUUAGAUUCAAACCUACUAAAAACCAGGUCACUGAGAAUGGGAACACAAGAAGUUGUUGAGCUGGUUUCAAAGGAAUUAAAUGAUUCUAGUAAGAAAGUUGCCUGGGUCAAUUUUGCUAAUGCACACAAUGUAUGUGGAACAUAUUGUGUUGAUUAUGGAGGAUCUCAAGAGGAAGAAGUUGCAACCAAUUGUGAUGGUGCUGCUCUAUUGGGAACUGUUGGAAAAUUAAUUGAUACUGGAAUGAAGAGCUUUGUGAGAGGAAGGUGGGUUUCUUACAAGAAGGGUCUUCAUUUGCCUCCAGGUGGCAAUUACUUUACCAAGACAAAAUUCGUGACUGGUAGUGAGCCAGUCGAUUGCUACAUGAUUGCUGCUGCAUUUGCAGAUUUCAGACCAUUUGUUCCCUUCUUUACUCCAUACUCGGAGAGAAAUUACUUUUACUCCUGGUAUGGUUAUGGAAAUAUUACAAAUGAAAAGGAAUUGGAACAACGACUCAUUCUAGAUAUUGAGGGAGUUCUCAAGACGUGUGCCGAUCAGAAUAUUCACACACUUGUAACAGGUGCCAGUGGAUGUGGAGCAUUCUUACAUGAUCCAUUCAGAGAAGCCAAAUUGUGGAGAAAAUGUUUGAAAAAGUAUGAAAACUCAUGCCUCAAACAAGUUAUUUUUGCUGUUUUCGACUUGGAAGAAAGUCCUAAUUGGGCAGCAUUCUCUGAGGCAUUCAAUCAAUAACAAUGAAUAAAUUGUAAAUAAAAACUCUAAUAAUAU